GUCCGUCACAUUUGCCAUCUCAGCAGCCUCGACCAUCACCGCACUCAGACUCAGCAACCAGCGGCAUCCAAGAGCAUGGCUGCACCGAGCUGCUAAUUUGCCACCGUACCGCCGCGCCAAAUUAGGCGAAGAGCAGUGGUCGAUUAAGGGAGGCCGCACGCCUUGUUCGCGCACUGUCGCCGUGUUUUCAUCCUCACCGCCGCCUUCUCCCACUUCCUCUCCUCUGCUACCUGCUCUCGCCCUUUAUUCUCUUCUAUUUCUACACGUUGAGUUCAGCGAGGUCUUCGGCUAUGUCCUUUCCGCCGUCACAGCAGGAUUCUGACCACAACGGCUUCCGUCGUCGUCCUACCAUCUUCUCCUUUCUCUCCUUCCGCUCUGACCCUGCCGACUCGGCCUCGUCUUCUGGAAUGAGCACUCCUCCUUUCCUUGGCUCCAGCUUCCUCGAGAAGGGCCCCGAGAGAUACAAGGGCUCCGUCUCUUUUGGCCAGGCUUUGCGCUCGCGUCUGGGAAAGACCAUCGUCUUUGGUCUCCUCGUCUUUCUUGGUUUCCUGCUCUACCUGUCACCUCCAUCCAAUGUUUCAAAGUUUGUCGAAGAGCACUCUCUAUCGUCCUUGAAAGGCAGCGGCGCGCCCGCCGCAGCUGGUGGUGCGCCCGGCACCUGCACGCGCUCCCACGACGGCAAGAAGCCCGUGACCCAGUACGCGCUCAUGAUCGACGCCGGCUCCACCGGCUCCCGCAUCCACGUGUACGAGUUCCAGAACUGCCAGGAGAUGCCCGAGCUCGUCCGCGAGGUCUUCGAGAUGACCCAGCCCGGUCUCUCGUCGUACCCCGACAACCCGCAGGGCGCUGCCGAAUCGCUCGAUCCCCUGCUCGCGGUCGCCAUGAAGGAGGUUCCCGAGGACAUCAAGGCCUGCACCCCUGUUGCCGUCAAGGCCACCGCCGGCUUGCGUCUGCUUGGUCCUGCUCGUAGCGACACCAUCCUCGCGGCCGUGCGCACCCAUCUCGAGACAAAGUACCCGUUCCCCGUCGUCCCUGGCGACGGCGUCUCCAUCAUGGACGGCAAGGACGAAGGUGUCUACGCCUGGAUCACCACAAACUACUUGCUCGGCAACAUCGGCACAAAGGACGACACGCCCACCGCGGCCGUCUUCGACCUCGGCGGCGGCUCCACGCAGAUCGUCUUCGAGCCCACCUUCCCUGUCUCGUCCGCGGGCGUGCCCGAGCAGAUGACCGCCGGCGACCACAAGUACGACCUCGACUUUGGCGGCCGCCACUUUUCGCUCUACCAGCACUCUCACCUCGGCUACGGACUCAUGGAAGCGCGCAAGAAAGUGCACGCGACCGUGCUCAAGAACGCCAUCGCCGCAAACAAGGAGACCGUCCCCAAGACCGUCGUCAACCCGUGCCUGCCGCCCAACAUGCUGCGCGAGGUCGAGGUCGAGAUCUCGAAGGACACGCUCGUGAAGGUCAACAUGACCGGUCCCUCGGUCCCCUCUGCGUCGCAGUGCCGCUUCCUCACCGAGCAGAUCCUGCAGAAGGAAGCAGAGUGCGCCGUCCCGCCUUGCUCGUUCAACGGUGUCCACCAGCCCUCGCUCUCAAAGACGUUCGCAAAGGAGGACAUCUACAUCUUCUCCUACUUCUACGACCGUACCUACCCUCUCGGCAUGCCCCACAGCUUCUCCCUCACCGAGCUCCGCGACCUCACCUCCCGCGUCUGCCAGGGCCAGUCCAGCUGGGACGCCUUCAGCGCCAUCCCCGGCGCUCUCGAGGAGCUCGGCGACAGACCCGAGUGGUGCCUCGACCUCAACUUCAUGGUCGCCAUGCUCCACGCGGGCUACGACAUCCCUCUCGAUCGCGAGGUCAAGAUCGCAAAGAAGCUCAAGGGCAACGAGCUCGGCUGGUGCUUGGGUGCCUCGCUGCCGCUCUUGGACCAGGGCACCGCUGGCUGGACCUGCAGGAUCAAGCAGAUCUCAAAAUGAUGACUUGUAUUAAUGACUUUUUUAUAAAUUUCUCAUAAAGCCUAGCGUUCUUGCUGCGUGCGGGGUUUAGAAGCACAGACGGUUUUUCUUUCUUUCUUUGCUAUUACAAUUGGGAGUGUAUCUGUAUCGUGUGACAUUUUCUAUUUACUUUCUAUUUCUCUUGGUCUUUGAUCCUAUUGGAUACAUUGUAUAUAAUACACUUCUGGCUGCUCUCUACUAUUCGUAUCUUACAAA